UUCUCUUGUUACCCUGUUCUGCCCAAUAUGGCCUCUCCGACUCCGACUACUGACGCCAUGAAAGCACUCCCCGUCGAUUACCCUUCGAUCAUCGCUCGCCCAGCCACCACCAUCCCCUACUUCAAGAAACCACCGGGUUUCUCCCUCUUCUACACCCUCUUUUCGCGAUUCUCCGACACCUUCGUCUUCCUCAUUGUCGCGCUGCUCUCCUACACCGGUUUCGUCACAGCGAUACUUUUCACUCGGACCUCUCUUUGUGGAAUAAGGAGGAUCUUCCUCAUGGGUUUUUUCACUGGCGUCGCAUACCCAUUCCUCUUCCUCUACUUCGACAACAUACACCAGUGGAGGAAGACAGACGUCGCCAAAAGGUUCUUCUUCAACCCUCCUGGGCUCAUGUCCAAAACUCUUGGUGACUAUAUCAUGGUGGCUUGCUACUGCGUCAAGCUCUGGGCUGGUGUCUACAGCUCCACAAAUGCUCUGAUUGCGCUGCUUGGGAUCUUGGUAAUUGUUUCUAUGUACCUGCCUCUCAGACCCACUUAUGACUACCGUAUCAUUGAUGGGAUAUUGGCUGCGGUUGCUCUUUAUGGGUUUCUUGGGAAGAGGAAUGCUGAUGACACUGAUGGAUCCAUGGUUAUGCCUUGCCUCGUUGCUCUUGCUGGGUCGAUGAUUACGACGUUCCGCUACUACUUCGAACAGAAAGCCGAGGAGGCUGAAAACCCUAAUGGAGUAGCCAAGUAGAGGAGGAUUUCUCUAUGGCUCGUUUGUCUAAGAGUCUUGGAGAUAGCACUGCAGUGUUGGUGGAGUUUUCUUGUUAGUUUCUGCUCUCGUUGUAGCGUUGUUUUCUUGAGGCGUUUCAGUAAGUAGCCAUGGGUCAUGUCCAACUAUUGUAAUGAAUGAUAGUCAGUAACCAAGAUUGUGAAAUAGAUCAACGUUUAUGUGUAUUCUGUUCCUGUCUUUUUACUUCACUUUGUUCUUGUUGUUGCCUCUGUGUUUUGGGUUGAUAGUAUGGACUAUGGAUAUGGAAAACACCACCAAAAGAAAGAAAAGUGUGCAGU